ACUUUGAAAGGUCUCCCCGGAACCCGCCCUUCUUCUGAAACGUGUCGCUUAUUCUCGACCACCGGGUCGUUGAGUGGUUGGACCCUUUCUGUGUCCGCGGGGAGAAAGGGGUUAAGCGGACAUUUGGAAAGACCCUGUCGUGGCGUAUAAAGGGCCCGUUACCCACGCAGUCCGGCGGCCUGUGCUGGCACCACAGCGGCAGUGAUGCAGCCUUCUCCGUCGUCUCUACAAAGGCACACAGAAACGCGUCGGUAACCGAGAGAGACACGGCAGACCAGCGGAGUCUGCAGCCCGGGGCCCCCUCGUCCUCCCUCACCGCUGCCUCCUCCUGACCCGGCAUGCGAGGAUGUCCAGGAAGAUAAGGAGCGGCAAAGGUCGAGCAGCGAGCCGGAUCGAUGCUCCCACGGCCGGUGAAGUAGACUCGACAAAAACCGUGUAGUUCGCCUGAACCCUGGCAGGAUUGGGCUCGGCUUCUCGGUGGCUUCCAGAGACUCUCAGGAUGAGGAAACCCAGAGUGAUCCGGAUGGUUUUUGCCUUGUCCCUGGGAUGUUUCGUCAUGGUCAUAUUCUACUUUAACAGCAGUCUGAAGCCAGCCUCAGAGGCGGUGGGUGAAAGCGGCAGCAGACAGAAGUCGAGGAGGAGUCCUCUACAGACGCUGUACGAUGGCGAUCAGGUUGAGUCGGCGGUACAGGCGAUCCAUCAGGGCAGACGGGAGCUGCUGGAAGAAGCUUGUCGCUCCUAUACCCGCAAACGCAGAGUCCUCAUCCCCGAGGACCUGAAGCACAUCAUCGUGGACGACCAGCACGGCUUGCUCUACUGCUACGUGCCCAAAGUGGCCUGCACCAACUGGAAGCGGGUGCUCAUGGUUCUGACGGGCGUUGCCGGGUCCAACAGAGACCCUCUCGCAAUCCCUGCCAACGAGGCCCACAUCCCCGGAAACCUCCGCACACUUUCUGAGUACUCCACCUCCCAGAUCAAUCAGCGGCUGCGCUCAUACCUGAAGUUCGUCUUCGUGCGCGAGCCCUUUGAGCGGCUGGUGUCUGCGUACCGCAACAAAUUCACACGGAGCUACAACACAGCCUUCCAUAAACGAUACGGCACAAAGAUAGUGCGGCAGCACAGGCCGGACCCGCAGCCGGAAGCUCUGGAGAAAGGAAAUGACGUCUCCUUUGAGGAGUUUGUCUAUUACCUCGUGGACCCAGCCACCCAGCGAGAAGAGCCCUUCAACGAGCACUGGGAGCGGGUGCACUCACUGUGCCACCCCUGCCUCAUCCACUAUGACGUGGUGGGGAAAUACGAGACGCUGGAGCAGGACUCCCGCUACGUGCUGCAGCUGGCCGGGGUGGAGGACCAGGUCAGCUUCCCCGCCUCGUCCAAGAGCACCAGGACUACAGGAGACAUGGCUGCCCAGUUCUUCCACAACAUCAGCCCUUUUUAUCAGAAGAAGCUGUAUAAUCUCUAUCGCAUGGACUUCCUGCUCUUCAAUUACUCUGUACCAGCCUACCUCAAGUUUAGAUGAGGCUGGAUUUCACUCGCGCACACAGAAACUAAAUUACAGAGCCUGGACACCUGCAGAAGAAGCUUCUCCAUGCAAACACUGCAAGUUCUGUUUUAAGAGAAAGAAGAGCAAUCCUUAUCAGAGCUCCAAAGAAAACUAAUUUUAUUCUUGAGACCGAACAUUGCGAUGGAGAACUCUUGAAGGAAUCAUGAGAUCAACAUUGAUGCCUGAAAAAAUAAAACAAAAAUUUUAAAAAAAGGCAAAUCCUCUUGUACUGUAGUUAUCGAGCAACUAGAUGUUGCUCAUUGCUUUUGAAUGUGUGAAACAGGGUUGGGCGAUAUGUUGAAACUUUCCAACCGGGCCACCGUCAGUCCAACUACUGCAUUGCUAUAAUAUCUGUUUGCAAUCAUAAAAGAGAUAUUUGAGGAAAAGAAGAAUCCGCUAUUUGGGUUUAUGGUUGUAACUCUCUAAGGUCUACGUCAUCAUACGUGAUAGCUCUAACCGUAUAUUUAUGAGCGAGGCAAAACUGGCUUUUCUGUUGUCAGCCAGAAUGAUUCGUUUCUUUGUUCCCAGUUUUCCAAAUCUUGGGAGAAAAAUACUCUGAUUGCCUGGAGUUGGAGUUAAGGUUAGAUUAAGGUCCAAUAAUGACAAUUUAAACCUCAGACGGUUCAACCGGACAAACCAAAGGAUCUAAACUAAGCAGUAAGAUGAAGUGCGUCCACGCGGUACAAACAGCAGGAUAACCUGCUUGCUAAUUGAUUAGGUUGCCCAACUGCACAUGUAGUUUUUGGUCUGCUUGUUUAAUUUGAUUGAAUAAUAUAGAUGUUUUUAUUCAGUGCCAAUCAAUUCAACAGCAGCCACUUAAAAAUGGCAAAAGUGUUUAGUGUUUUGUGAAAUGUUUUCCUAUACAUGUACAGUAUGAAUUGAGGUUCGAUUUAGUCUAAUAUGUCUCCAUUUAAAAAGAUUUCUGCUUGUAAUUAUGCAGAAUCACAACCUGAAGCUUUUGGCUUUUGCAUGCAGGAUGUGAAGAGCGGAAAAAGGGAACGCAUCGCCGAAGUGCAAACUGAAAACUGCUGGCUUUUAUUGGACAGUAAUUUGAAUCUAAAUUUGAAAAUGCUCGUCAGUGGUUAGUAGAACAAGCGUUGGCCUGGAUAUCUGCUGGCACUCCUCAAAGCUCAGAGGAAUCAUUGGAUAGUAGAAAGGUUGAUUGCUUCCUGGUCCAUUAUGUUAGCAUAAUAUGCCCAGCCCCACCCACCAACCAAAAAGGAGCAAGAAAGUGCUAAAAACCCAGCUUUGGACUAUAUGCGAUAUAAACGUAUAUAUUUUUCCGAUCACUCAGUCCUAGCAUGGAAUAUUUUUGGCUUCAUUUUAUUCCGGUUGUGGUCUGCUGUUUUUAAAAGUGUAUUUGCACGACAAACGUUAUUGUUGCAAGUUCCAUAGCAUAAUGAUUAAAGUAUUAAAUUCAUGUUUAGACAGUGAAUGUCUCUCAACAUGUGUGCCUUUGCUUUUGGGCCUUUUUUUGGGGGGGGGGUCAGUUCUAAAUGACAACUUUUGUAACUGUGACUUUGUUUACUUUUUCGUACUGUAGGAGGAGACUUCUGUGUGAACUAUGAUAUUGUCUUUAUUUAUUGUGCCAUUUCUGAUACCACAGAGUCAAACCAACCAAAAUAGGUAAAGUUUCUCUCACGAUUUUCAAAUAAAAUGCAUCUCAGAAAGAACUUGUUAAUUCCUUAAUAGUCACAAGAAUUCUCAAUGCAAUAAUGCAGAAUACGCCGGGCACAUUUUGCAUGUCAAUCUUUUAUUGAAAUGAUAAACCAUGACUGGAUGUGACCUAGAAGUGUUUAUAAAGGCAACGGUACUACGAAGUCCAGUCAAGCUCGAUGUCAGUGGAAACAGGAUUAAUUACUGUUUCUGAGUGCUAUUUCCAGACCACUAAUGACGAGCUAAAAGUGCAUAUCAAACAAUUGAGAAGGCCCCAUACAGAAAAGUGCAUACUAAAUCAUUUGUUCACAAAAACAGCACAAAAACAAUCCGUGCCAUCAAUACCUGGAACACAGACACUGUUAAAUACGACAGGCAUCGUGCUGCACAAAAAAAAAAAAAAAAAAAAAAAAAAAAAUGCAAACAAAAAAAAAAAAAAAAAAAAUAAGAGAUCCAGUAGAAAUUUGGCAAGAACCAACUGAAGGCUCGUCACGGUUUAAAAGGCACAAAUCUACAGAAAAUAAGCACGAUUAAAAUCUAACAUUCAUCCAGACUGUGCAACGCCUAGUAUACAUUUACACUCAGUAUAUAUGUUAUUGCCUGAAUACGAUCAUUUGCCGUGUAACAUUUAGGAGCUGACAACAGUUGUACAGAUGUGCCAACAGUUAUUACGGUGGUUCUACAUUACUCCCACUCGCUGCAUCCACUUUGAAUGGACUGUGGUUUUGAUAAUGGCCACAGUGAGCUGGUGAAUAUGGAGACUAAAGUGCAAAACAACUCCACCCUGUCCACGUGUUUAUUUUUUCUUCCACCACCUGUUUCCUGUAUUCUCGUUUUUUUACAUGCUGCUUAUCUACAGUGGGAAUAUCUGUGCCUCAGUGCUGGGUGUGAAGAGCUAUCAGCAGUGAAAACAGUAAAAAUUGAUAUAAACUAUAGUGCAAAAGUCCCUCAUUUCUUUAUAUUUUGCUAAAAUGGGUGCAAUGUAGUAUGCAAUGCAAAAACAGUGUCUGUACGAUUGUAACAAGCUUCAAAGCAUUUUUGUGAUUUUUGUUCAGCAGCCCUCACGAUUAGUUCUCCAGGCUUUUUGAAGGACACUCAAAGCUCUUCUCUGGAUCUUUCUACCUUUUGUUCAGUUCUCUGCCGAGAUCACUGCUUCAGUAAUGUUGAGGUCUGAGCUCUGGGGAGGCCGAUCCAUGACUCAGUGCUGCACCGUGUUUUGGGGAUCAUUGCCAUGCAGACAAAUGAAGUUGCUGCCAAUUAAAUGCUUUCCGUGUGGUAUUGCAUAGUGGAUCAUGAUCUCCAACACCACAGUUUCCUCACAUUUUUUUAACAACACACUGCACACCAUGGCAAGAGAUGCCAGGUUUUCAGAUAAUACCUGUUCAUAAGUCGGUGUUAAUUGGCUUAACAGACAAAGUAUUCCUCUGAAAAUGGUCCGGUGCAAGCACUGGACUGAAAAUGGGUGAAAACUCAGCCACUGUCCAAAGAAAAACUUUGAAAGACCUUCUGAAAACCUGGAGAACUGUUGUUCAAGACCUUCUCUUGAAGGGGGGAGGGGAAGCAACAUAUAAUGAAUGGAUGGGGAGACUUGAGAUUAUUGCACAGUAGUGUAUGUUGUGAAUAAAUUAUAACCACACAAUGAAUGAUUUACUUUUCACAAAAUAAAAUCUGUUGUGAUUGUUA